AUGGAUAAUAAUUCGGAGCCCAGACCAGCUGCCAGCCCAGGUACAAUCAAGACGACCAUCCUCAUCUUAUCCGACACGCACGGGAUGGCCCUCGGUGAGCACCCACCGUUCCCGCGCGCAGACGUUGCCAUCCACUGCGGCGACCUGACGGAAGAGUCCAAACUGGCCGAGAUGCGGACAACCCUGGGCCUCUUAAAGCAAACCAACGCACCCCUGAAGCUCGUCAUCCCCGGAAACCACGACUUCACCCUGGACACGCCCUCCUUCAGGCACAAGGAGUACGGCGACUACGGCGAGGCAGAACAGCUCUUCCGAGGCGCACGAGAGGCGCACGGGGUCCGCCUCCUCGGGGAGGGCACGCACCGCCUCGCCCUGGGGAACGGCGCCGCGCUCACGGUGUACGCGAGCCCCUACACGCCGUCGCUGGGCGACUGGGGCUUCCAGUACAGGCCGGACCGGGGCCACGCGUACGGCAUCGGGGAGGGAGCCGAUGUCGUCGUCACGCAUGGGCCGCCGCGGGGCGUCCUGGACCGGACCGGCGGCCGCGAGCGGGGGGGCUCGGCGGAGCUGUUCGCCGCCGUGGCAGCGGCGAGGCCGCGUGUCCACUGCUUUGGACACAUCCACGAGGGCUGGGGCGCUAAGCUGGUCACGUGGAGAGACGGAGGGGCACAGCAGGGCCAGGAUCGGGAGCCCUCGCAUCUGACUGGUAUAGAUAACGGCAGGUCCCAUGUUGUCGAGACGCUCGGCACCAUCCUGCCUGGAAGGCACGACACGCCCGAGGAUGUGGCGCUCAAGGAGGCGAGGCGGGUGAGGUAUCGCAGUCAGGGGUAUUGUUCCACGAGUCACUGCCGCGACGACGAGUUUCCUCUGGAGGUUGGGAGGCAGACUCUGUUCGUGAAUGCGGCGGUGAAGGGUGGUGAUGAGGAGUUGCCUGUGCAGUUCCCGUGGCUGGUGACCUUGGAGCUGCCUCAAUCAGAGGCGACAAAUACCUUGAAGGUAAAACCCUCCUCUAAGGAGGUAUGUUAG